UUUCUGGUUGAAAAAUAUGGAGAAGAAUGUGUAAUAGGCCAGGAAGCUUCAAUAGGGCAUCCAAAUAAUUUUGAAAAAUUGAUGAAUAAUUUAAAUAUGAUUAGCUAUGGAGAUAAAUAUUAUGUUUAUCGUUGGGAUUUAAAUAAAACGGGAGAUGAGGAAAGAGCCUUUCUUAUGCAUGGUUUUAUAAGGAAUGAAAAUGGUUUUGAUAAACUAAAAGAAUGUUUACAAAUCAAAAUUUUUGGAGAUGAACAGGAAAAUGAACAGAAUAAUCCAACUUUUGAUGAUUUUUAUAAAUUAUACAAACGCUUCCAUCCAAAACAAUUAUUCUUCAAAGAUAUCCCAAUUAGUAAAAAUUUUAAAUUAAUAUAA